AUGGCGCACCGGGAAGUAUCAUUUAUCAUCAGUACGUCCCAGCCGACAAAGGCGACCGAGUCGCAGCGGAGAAUCGCCCUGUCGCACGCCGCUCGCUCAGCGCAUGCCAAGGCCAGGCGCCUGCGGACGCUUCAAUACCAGGCACAAAAGAGACAUGAACGCCAUGCAAGGCUCUCACAAGAAACUCCAGACCUUCCCAUUACUGGACUGGACAUGUUCCUUCCAGCAGACAGAACAGACCCCUUCAUGAGUUUCGCAAGGACCUUAUCCCCUACCGAACAAUUCCUUUUCGAUCACUACGUCACAGUGAUCAUACCUCUAAUGCGCUGCAACGAGACGCAGGUGCUCUUCUCGCAGCGCAUGAAUAGUAUCUGGGUCCCUAUCGCGAUCACCGAAUCCAGCCUUCUCGACAUUGUGCUUCUCACCUCGAGUCGACAUUUGUCGUGUUGCUACACGCAGGAGCAGCAGGCGAAGCAACGCUUCUUCAUGCAAGUGACACUCCAGUACAAGUCGCAAAGUCUACGGUCACUGAGACGCGCUAUUUCGGCCGAGGUGCCGGCUUUGGAUGAUGCGACGGUCGCAAAGGCAAUCAUGCUCGCUUAUGAUGAGUUAUAUAUUCGCAAUACGGUCAUGCUGAAGCAUCAUAUUGACGGGGCUGUCAAGAUGGUCGCUCUGAAAGGCGGGCCCCAGACCUUGGGCUUAGAGGGACUUCUCGAACACUUCCUUUCCAACCUCAUUACCAAGAUGAGAGGUGACCUAGGGGUUCAUGUCACGACUCCCUGGGAUGUGUGCUGA